AUGAUCUCUUUCACCACAGGGUUAUAUCUUGAAAAAGACUUGGUGGCUCAGAUUAAUUUUUCCAUCAAUUGGACUAACUACACAGCUUUUAUCAAAAUGGACUCCAUUCAGGAUCUUCGCGUUAUUGGUUUUUCUAAAGUUGGAGCACAGGUGAAUGCAUUUUUUGCGUUUCGUCCCCCCCGACUCAAUUCCCUAUAUGUGAGUGGAUUCAUCAUAAUAAUUUCGUCGGGCUCCAGCCUUUCUUCUCAAGCAUGUACAGAUGUAAUCAUUUUUUCUUCAGUACAACAGGCAACAAUUGACACUGCAUUUUUGACUUCAUUCCUCAAUAAAGAGGCGAAUAAAAUCUGUGGUGCCAAUGUUCCUGCUCAUUUGUCCACUUCCUUCACCAAAGAGGACAUCUACAACGCCGCGCAGAACCCAAGCUUACCACUGCGCUAUAGAAUUCCGAAUAUUCAGUCAUCUUUAAUCUACAAUAUCACAAUAUUUCCUUACCUACUUACUACACUUGGCCGAUCUUCCAGUAUUCAUUUUCAACAGUUUGGAAGUUAG